AUGUCAAGUCCUAUAGUUAAUAUGUCUUCGUCAUCAACAUUUUUUCCAAAUACGCAAUCAUCUAUUGUUCCAAAUGAAUCACCAUCAACACCAAGUAGUUAUAUCAGUCUAUUAGACACUUCUCAAUCUCCUGAUGCACCUGUUUUAUCACUUCCUCAACGUUCAACACUUGGUUGGAUACAUACAUUUGAUACAAUACGUCAAUGGAGUACACGUACAAUUAAAUUUACUCGACAAGUACUUCAAGAACGAACUGGACAAUGUAUUAGAACACAAGAUACUGAACUUGAGAAAAAUAUUGAAGUUUUUCGAGAAACAAAACGUCAUUAUGAACAAUUAUUAAAAGAAGCUCGUCAAAUGUCAAUACAUUUUGCUGGUAUUCUUCAAACACAACGUUCACUUAGUCAAUCAUUUACUGAAUUACAACGAAUGACAACAACAUCAAUUGAACUUACUAAUCAAUUUGCUCGAAAUGGACAUUGUCAAAAAACCUUAGCCUCUAAUGGAGAUGCUUUACUAAAUUCAAUCAAUAUAUUUGUCGAAGCAUUACAAACAUUAGUAACAAAAACAAUGGAAGAUACAUUAAUGACAGUUAAAGCUUAUGAAAAAUCAAGAAUUGAAUAUGAUGCAUAUCGAUAUGAUUAUGAAUUAGUAUUAUCACGAAAUCAUACAGGUGGUGUAACAUUAUCCAAUUCUGAAGAGCAUAUUGAAAGACAAUAUUAUCAUUUUAAAGAUCGCUAUGAAAAAUUAAAAGCUAAUCUUAUAGUUAAAAUAAAAUUACUCGAUGAUAAUCGAAUUAAAGUUAUGCAACAACAAUUAAUUUUAUUUCAUAAUGCAAUUGCGAAUUAUUUUCUAUCCAUACAAAAACAAUUUAAUUAUGAAAAAUAA